GGGGAAAGACUGGCUCUUCAUCUGGUAAGACUAACUUCAGCAUCCACACUGAGGGAUUAAUUAUUGGGUUCUACACCUGAAGAGUGCAUGGAGCUACAGUGUAAUAUAGGCAGAAGGAUGCUGUGGGAGGGAGUGUGUGUGUGUUAUGAGAUUAUAGAAGAAAGGUUUCUUGAAAGCUGGGAGGGAGGUGAAGAGAUUGUGAGAGAAAUAGAAGAGAGGCGGAGAGAAGAAGAAAUAUACCGAUAAGUCAAAGAGUGGAAGGUUUGUCAGAUGUAGCCAGGAACAUAUUAUGCACCCAUUCCACACCUGUUCAUCUGUCAGCAUGUGCUUAUCUUUUAUUUUCUUGGCUCUUAUCCUUCUGAGCCCAUCUGCCUCUUCAGCUACAGAUGACCUGUCUAAGAAUAUAAUUGAAGCUCUUCAAAAGGUGAUAUUCUUCAUGGAAAGUGAAUAUAAGAAUAUUAACUUGGAUGGAGCAUUUGGAUUCCGAAUUUUGCAAGUUCAGAUGGAAGACAUUGUGAAAAAAUGGGGGCCUGUGCUUGGAUGUAGGCCCCAACACUUACUGAUUGAAUGCCUGUUGAAACAGCUGAAGUUGCUGCUUGAAAAGACUGAAAGUGCAUUAAGAAGAAAUGAUCCACAGUACUACCAAGAAUUUGAGCCCAUACUCAGAAGUAAUUUCUGGAUCUUGCCUCACAUGUGGAAUCAGACAGACCCAACACUUGUGUACCAUGUUCUGAAGGAUCAGGAGUGUUUUCAUGAGGAAACAAGUGACAAGUGCAUUGGCCUUCUCUUGGGGACCUGGAGGAAUGGUGGAGUACCUUGCAUGGUUACAGACACCUGCAAGAACAUCAUGACACAACCUGGUUGCCCGGAUUAUUCCCUCUCCCAUCAGCUACUGUACAUCAGGAUUUGGAAGUUGAAAGGUUGUCAUCACAUACUUGAAGACGGCUGGAGUGAGGCAGCUGCAUCUUUGGCAGCCCAAGAUUUUGAGUCUGUUUUCUGUUCCAAUAUGAUGCAGGGAAAUCUGAAAAUUGAAGUCAACGGCUUUCCACCUCAUCUUCGAGAUCUAUUCAUGGAAAAUAUUCUUCUUUGUGGCCUGGCUGGAUUCUCUGAUUUCUAUAAAUCCCACUGGUUGAAGCUUAUACUUUCAUGGCAAGAUCCAGACACCGGAUGCUUCAGAAUGCCAGAGACAACUAAAUCAGUUAAUGGAAAGAAUCCCUUUGAAGACUUAACACAGAUGCUACGAAGAGUUAAGAGAAGAGACAAAAAAUUAAAAGAUGGUUGUUCAAGUCAUACAACUGCUAUGGCAGUAGGAACACUUGGUGGCUUCCUGCACUAUUACCAAACAAGUCAAUGGAAGAGAGACAGGCACAGAAGAUUUCAGUAAAGUUUCCACAAGUCAGCUGUAUCUAUCUUUACAAAUCUCCAGCUGCAUUUAUUUAUUAAAAAAAUCUUGCUUGGUCUAGUCUGGUGGCCUGCUGAAGGCAAACUUUGAGUUUUACAGUAUUUUCUCAACAUUAAGGGUGAAUGUGGCAAGAUGCAUCAUAGCAUAAUAAACACAUGAAACAGCA